AUGGAUGGAGCUGCGCAUACACCCCAACAACCCUCAACAUCAUUACACUCUGCAACCACACCAGCAGCAGCAGCAACAACAGCAGCAGCAGCAGCAGCAACAACACCAGCACCACCAGCAACUCUGAAAUCGGGUGGUGAAUCAGAGAAGACUGCUUCCGCUGCAGCAACAACAGCAGCAGCAGCAGCAUCAGCAGCAGCAGCAGGAAGAGAGCAGAAUGGGGGCUCUGGUGCUGCGUCUACUGCAUCUUCUUCAGCAACCUACGACCCUGCAGCACUAUUAAAAGAUAAAGAUAUGCUUUCUUCGUUACAUCUUUCUUACCCUAUCUCCAUUGUAGUUGCAAUGACACCCCAAAGAGGCAUCGGCUAUCAAAACAAACUUCCUUGGCCUCCUCUUCCUCGCGACUUCCGCCACUUCAAACAUCUUACCCAAUUCACAUCUCAAUCUCAAGGGGCCCCCCAAGGGGCCCCUCAAGAGGCCUCUAAGGGGGCCCCUCAAGGGGCCCCCAUAGACACCCCAGGAUGCCCCUCUCUGAAGGGCCCUAUAGGGGGCCCUAUAGACACUUCAGGGGGCCCCCAGGGGGCCCACCUUAGGGGCCCUACAAACACUUCAGGGGGCCCCAAGGGGGCCCCCCUUGGGGGCCCUAUAGACACUUCAGGGGCCCCCCAGGGGGCCCCUUGUGAGCGUAGUUCAGGGGUAUUGGGUGGGUGUGGUGGGAGGGUGCAGAGAAAUGCAGUGAUUAUGGGGCGGAGGACUUGGGAGUCGAUGCCGCUGCAUGCGAGGCCUUUAGAAGGCCGGAUUAACGUUGUCUUGUCUUCUUCAGCGUGA